UUACAGGAAAAAUAUAAUCAGACCUCUAACUUAGUAACUUUUUUAAAUAACAAAAACUUUUCCGCUUUCAGUCAGUCAGUAUCUCAAUAAUACUAAAUAAUUUAGUAUGCAAUUUAAUCAACUUUACGUGUGUUGUUUAUUACACUUGAAAUUGCUAUGAGAUUAACAGACACCUAAUUUCAAAUUUCCAAAAAAAAAAAAAAAAUUUAAAAUCGGUUUACAUGAUAGAUAAUUAUCCUCGAAAAAACAACAUACGCCCAUUACCUCGCGCAAAUUAGUUAGACAAUUUGCCGGUAGAUGGGGCUGUACACAAUUAUACUUAGUAUAGUACUUCUGAUAAGAAGUCUUUCGCUUUUAUAGUUACACGAGUUAUAGUUAGGUUUAAAGUUUGUUUGGACCCGGGUAUGUCCUUAAACUACGUCAAAAGAGAGGUAUGGGCAAUGUGAAUGUCAUCUCGCCUUGUGUGGUAGGGCACAGCACAGCAGAUGUCAUUCCAGAUCUAGAGCAGAGCCCAACUGGGAAAGUACCUCCACCUUACAGAAAACCGCAGCCAAAUAACACUUGACCCUACUCAUAGUGUUGUGUUCCUGCCGGUGAGUUAAGGUUGCUAGAGCUCAACGAGGGGGGUGGGGUUAGGGACGGCAACGCGCAUGGAACUCCUCUGGAGUUGCAGGUGUACAUAGGCUACGGAGACUGCUUACCAUCAGGCAGGCCGUAUGCUUGUUUGCCACCGACGUAGUAUUAAAAAAAAAAACUCAAACUUACCCAACUUUAUAAAAAUCAGACCAAAGAAAAUUACAGCAAAUCAAAAACGCCCUCUGAAUUAUUUCUAACAGUGACGUUCUCAAAGACCGUGCAAACCAAAGAGUAAAGUAAGGUGCAAACGCAAUCUAUGUGUGUCAGUAUUGACAUAGAAAAAAAGAGACAUCAUCCGGCCUCCAUAAUCAUAAAACAAUAUUUUCUUUAAUUUAAUAUUAAUUACAAAGUUUAAAGCAGAAAUAAAUAAAAAUGAAUAAUAAUAUGAAGAAAAAAAAAGUCAAAACAUAACCGACUAUUAUAUACACAUUUUAAAUCAACAAGACAUUAUGAUUAUGAUGAAUAUAUCCUAAAUUAAUAAAAUAUAUAUUUGCUUUAAAUGUACUUUAAAUAUACAAUAUCUUCAUUAAUACUACUAUCACUAAAAACGAAUUAAAUAGUAUGUGUUAAAAUAAAAUGCGUGAAACGAAACGCAAAACCACCCCUGCGAGGCUAAUGACUCACUCUUCACCCUCGUCCGAUCGCUCCCGAGCCUCCCCGAGCCCCCUCGGCCCGCGCGCUCCGUGCCGCACCGAAAACACACCAAAUUCACAAUUAUUAUGUAACACACAUAAGUUUUUUAAUAAAAAAAAUAUCAAGUGAAAUGUCUGUGACGGAACGGCGCGUUCAAUCGUUCGCGGGUGUUGUUAAAUUAGUUUUAAAUACAUACUUUAGUGAAAACAGAUAUUGAUUUUCUCGUGACGUCCCGUGAAUGCGGACUGUGUUAUUACAGUGUACAUAUUCGUAUAUAUGUAGUGUAAUUUAUUUAUAUGAUCAAACAGUUAUGAUAAGAUUAAAAAGCAAGCCGCACACGCCAAAAUGAGGCUCUGACCGCCAGCAUGGAGACCACGACGGAGGCCUACCAGUAUGUGGGGCCCUUUCGACUGGAGAAGACCCUGGGAAAGGGGCAGACAGGUCUGGUCAAGCUGGGCGUCCACUGCGUCACGGGCAAGAAGGUCGCCAUCAAGAUCAUUAACAGGGAGAAACUUAGCGAAUCCGUGCUAAUGAAAGUGGAGCGAGAAAUAGCAAUAAUGAAAUUAAUAGAACACCCACAUGUCCUAGGAUUAUCAGACGUUUAUGAAAAUAAGAAAUACCUGUACCUGGUGCUGGAGCAUGUAAGCGGAGGCGAGCUGUUCGACUACCUGGUGAAGAAAGGCCGGCUGACGCCCAAGGAGGCGCGGAGGUUCUUUAGGCAGAUCAUAUCCGCUCUCGACUUCUGUCAUAGCCAUUCUAUAUGCCACCGCGACCUAAAGCCCGAGAACCUAUUGCUAGACGAACGGAACAACAUCAAAAUAGCAGACUUCGGCAUGGCUUCUCUACAGCCCGCCGGUUCAAUGUUAGAAACGUCAUGUGGAAGUCCGCAUUACGCCUGUCCUGAAGUUAUACGGGGUGAGAAAUACGAUGGCCGAAGAGCCGACGUGUGGUCGUGUGGCGUCAUCCUGUACGCGCUACUCGUCGGCGCCCUGCCGUUUGACGAUGAUAAUCUACGACAGCUACUUGAAAAGGUGAAGCGAGGUGUGUUUCACGUGCCACAUUUCGUGCCGCCCGACUGCCAGCAGCUAUUGCGUGGCAUGAUAGAAGUCAACCCGGAGAAGAGAAUGACUCUUGCAGAGAUAACCCGACACGGCUGGGUGACUGCAGGAGGCCGGGGUGAAUUAGAACAAGAGCUGCCUAUGAUGGAGGUAGUUCAGACCAGGGUGUUACCCAGUGCGGAAGCCAUAGACCCUGAUGUGUUACAGGCUAUAUGCAGUUUAGGAUGUUUUAAACAACGGGACAAAUUAGUUCAAGAGCUUCUGAGUCCACACCAUAACACGGAGAAAGUAAUCUACUUCCUACUUCUGGAACGCAAAAGAAGAAGACCCGCGCGCGACGACGAGCCGCGGCCGCAGCCCGCGCCGCCCGCGCCCGACCCGCCGCGCAAGCGGCUCGACACCUGCCGGGUGAACGGUCAGUCGGCACAUUUCGGGCAAAUCAGCGAAGGCUCGCCGAUUACGCCCCGCCGGUCACAAUUCAGGUCGGCGUCACGGCGCGAGGGCCGCAGCUCGCCGCAGUUGCCGGCCAGCCCGCCGACAGGCCACACGCCGCACCGGGUGUCGUCGCUGGGAGGCACGCCGGCCACGCCGGGCUCGCCACUAGCGUCGCCGUCAGUCCGUGAACACCACCAUCAGAGAGCUAAUUCUACGGGACCUACGAUAAGCCUCAAUAUUAGCGGUGAACCAGGCGAGGCAGUCAUUAUUAUAAAUGAAUCUCCACUACUGGGGAACACCGUUCCUGUCAGACCGCACAGCCCUUCGCAGUCUCAUCGAGUUCGGGAACGCUCGUCCUUACCCGGUCCCCCGAGCACGCAGUCGCCAGCGCAGCCGUCUCUGUUCCCCAAUUUAAAUACUAUUACUGGUGACGGCAGCGGGGCGGCGGGCGCGGCGGCGCCGUGGCGCGCGCGGCUGGCCACCAUCAAGAACUCCUUCCUGGGCUCGCCGCGCUUCCACCGCCGCAAGAUGCAGGCGUCAUCAGAAGAAGUCCACUUAACUCCGGAAUCAUCGCCAGAGUUAACCAAGCGUUCCUGGUUCGGGUCGCUACUACUAUCAGCUGAUAAGGAGGAAACCUUCACGGCGCUCGUCAAGGGGAAACCCCUGGCUACCGUCAAAGCGGACCUCAUACAUGCCUUCUUGAGUAUAGCAGAGCUGUCUCAUAGCGUGUUGAGCCCCAUGUCAUUUCGGGUGGAAUAUAAAAGGGGCUCCAACGCGCCCGCCAUGUUUCAGAGACACGUCCGGUUUCAGGUUGAUAUUUCGACUAUUACCAAGGCGCCGGGCGAGAACGGGAAAGAGUAUCUAUACGCUAUCACUUUCACACUAUUGUCGGGCAACAUCCGGCGCUUCCGGCGCGUGUGCGAGGUGGUGCAGGCGGCCGUGUGCCGCGCGCCGGGCGCGGGCCGCGCGCCGCCGCUGCACCCGCCCAGCCCGAGGGCUUCCAGGAGGAACAUUCCAUCACAUCCGGCCAACGAGAUCCCAGACAGCCCAGAGACCCCUCAUCAUCAGGAACACGAGGACACCACCUUCGAUGCCACCAAAAGCCCAACGAAUACCAGCCACAACUCUAUAGACAACCUAGACCAGAAUGGCUCUCACACACUGGGGUCGAGUUCUUCAGUGACUAGCGGUUCUAGUGGAUACAAACAAAGUGUGCGGCGGCGGCGCGUCGACCGCGAGCCGGCGUCCGCCUCCCUCGACCACGAGAUCAUGAGCUGUCCCAGAGAGCUGCCCGGCACCCAUACAAAACGCUCUUCCUCCGAGCACCGAGACUCGCUAGACUCUCGUUCGUCCCUCAAAGACGACCUGCGCCGCAACAACAGUUUACGAGAGCGCCGCGGCGAGCGAGACUUGCCGCGCGUCGCGUGAGACUGUCAAGACAAGCACUUGAUACGACACUUACUUGGGCAUAAUCGUCCUAAUAUUGUCGAAAUUGAGGUAGCGUGUUGAGAUCUAGUUUUUAAACGUUUGACGCUUAGUUGACUGAGUUUACAGUUGACUUGAUAAGCAUGCGAACGAGGCGAAUAAUGAGAGGUUAUUACCAUUUUUUCAGCGUCCAAAUACUCCAGAUAUUUGCCUCGUCAUUCGUCUCUCGACUCGUUGUAAAUGUAAAUGCGUGACCUCUUGCUUAGUCAUACUAUGUCGAGGAAGUUGAAGUAACUUGUGGGCAAAGUUGUAUUUUAGAACAGUCUAUGAUGUCUCGUAAAAACGAAAAUUUCACGUGUAGGAGGUUUUUUCAAAGAGACUCAGAAAUUGCGUGUUUGAUUACUUCGAUUAAUAAUGCAGAAAUAACGCUAAUACCCGUGGAAUACUCCUAUUGUUAUAUCAUGACGGCAAAGUUGCGAUAGUAGACACAAUUUUAGUAAUAUCAUAUUCAUAUGGGCAAAGUAUACGUGGCGUCUGGAGUGGGCAAAGUUGCCAUAAAAUAUAGGCAAAAUUGCUACAUCUUGUUGGUAAAGAUAUAAUAAAUUUUGUUUUCAUAUGGGCAAAGUUAUGUCCAAGAUGUAUGUUGAGGGUCGUCGUAUGUUGAUGAAUUUCAAAUAUAAUCCGUUUGUAUUUCAAAGUUUUCAUAGAUGUUUGAAUUUGAAAUUCAUGAAUAUUAUAACUUUGUAAUCUACUAUGACAACAACUCGCAGACUCUUUGGGCAAGAUCAUUAUUGUUCUUGUCAUACAAAAUAUGGCUGUAUUGGAUUAGAUACCAUUGGUAUUGUAUUUUACACUGUUUGGUAUUGGUAGCACACCAUACAAUGUAUUAUACAAUAGUACAAAUACAUUGUACAUGUACUUUUGUAUUAUACAUUUUGUACUAUACACAUAGUUACCAAAGUUUGACACAAUUGUAUGUGACAGAUUUAUUGUGAGACGUCACGUUGAAAUGUAUUAGAUAUCGCAAAUCAUUUCAUAUACGUUGGUUGUAUUAAAAUCUGUAGAAUGUUUUUUUAGUUAGACCUGAACAAAAAAAAGGAUGAAGCGGUUCACUAACGCCAAAAAUCAUUCUACCUAUUUAAUACUAAUAAAUAAACAAAUAAUACGCGUGUUGUUGAGAUGAUAGUUUUUGUACAGUUUUAAAUCGCUAAUAUCUUUGGUGUAAAUUGCAAAACAUUUUAAUAUACUAAAUUUGCCCGUAUGAGUUCUCAUUCGAUAUUUAAACAUAUUCAAUUCAAUUAAAUGCUAAAUCAAUACUAAAUUAGAUAUUUGUUUUAUCAUGUUCACUGCCAACGUUUUCGUAGCGCUACGCUCGUGGCCAAUCCCAGCGUUUUACCGCUUUGUGGAGGAAAGCGACUACGAACAGAGGAUCCGCCGAGCGGGUUCCCAGCACUCAAUGUGUUAUGUAUUUAUUACUUACAGAGUUUUGAUUUCUAUCCAGUGACAUUUUUACUUCGAUAUUCAUACGAGAGAAAAACAUAUGACGUUUUGUGUGGGCAAAGUUGCAAUAUUAGGCAUAAUUGAAAAACAAUCGUGGCAUUUACACCAGAGAUAAGCAUCUAGUCAAAUUCGUUUUUUUACGCCAAAAUCUUAAAAGUAUUAAGAAUAGAUAAUUAGUUGGCUUAGGCUUGGUAUGGAGUGCACAAAAAUGAAAACGGAUGGACUUAUGAAUGGCUAUUUACAGUUGACAUUGGCGUAACUAUGACGGCACUUUCUUGAAUUAUUAGUAAGAAAACCAUGUUUUUAUAUCCCAGUACAGUCGCCAUCAUAUAUAUCGUUGCGGUAAAGGUGCUCACAAAUAUAUGAACACGCUGCUAUUGUAAUGGCGUUAGAGUACGUGUACAGAUAUUUUUGAGCACCUUGGCCGCUCCGAUAUAUCUGAUGGCGAUUGUACAAGACAGUUCGAUCAACUAAUUCAGCAUUUUGACAAUUAUCUGAUUUUAUGAAUAUCGGGGUUAACGUUAUAACCAAAAAUAAUAGUUUAAACAGCCUUAAUUUGUUUUUUAUGGGGAUACUUGUAUUUAAAUAAAUUUAUCCCAUAGCAAAACCGCAAAAACAUGACGAAAUUGUUGCAAGUAUCAGUACCCCUAGUGUAAAUAUUUUCGACAGCGAAACGUGACGUACGCGUUUGCGUUAAGUGUCAUUUUGUAUGAGAUUUUUGACUUUCCAAAACGUCCCGCUUGGCGCGCUGUUCAAAAACCCAUACAAAAUGAGACUUAACGCAAACGCGUACGUCACGUUUCGCUAUCGACUAAAUUUACACUAGGAGUACAGUACCCCUAGUGUAAAUUUGAUCGACAUCAUAACGUGACGAACGCGUUUGCGUUAAGUCUCAUUUUGUAUAGGAUUUUGAAUUUCCAAAACGUCCCGCUUGGCGCGCUCUUUCUAAAUCCAAUAUAAAAUGAGACUAAACGCAAACGCGUACGUCACGUUUCGAAAUCGAAUUUAUUUACACUAGGGGUACUGAUUAUUCUUAGUUACGCCAAUGACAGUUAUAGGAUUUUAAAAAUCUCACAGACGCUUCCUUAAAAACACGAUUUUCGAGAAAAUUCGGCAAACUUCCAAUCUUUAACCGACUCUGGAGUGGAUGUAUAUAUUUAUUGGCGAAUCUGCUGAACAAUUAUGAUAUACUGUAGAAGAUUUUUGGGACAUGAUCGUAAAUAGUAUUAUUUCCUAUUUUAUGAAAU